CCGAAGGGAGGCGGAAGAACCUCUGGGUUCUGCGCCCCGGAGUUCUGGAACCCUGAGGGGCCGCUCGGGGUACAAGAAAGGGCCGCCGGAGCGGGCCUGCCGCGCUCGGGGUGCCAGCGCCGCGGGUCUGAGGGAUGAGGAGGCGCCAUGGCCAGCGACGGGGUCAGGAAGCAGUUCUGGAAGCGCAGCAACAGCAAAGUCCCGGGCAGCAUCCAGCAUGUGUAUGGAGCCCAGCACCCACCCUUUGACCCCCUGUUACACGGCACCUGGCUCAAGGCCACACCCAAGGUGCCGACCACUCCGGUGAAGGCCAAGAAGGUCAGCACCUUCCAGGAGUUUGAGAGCAACACCAGCGAUGCCUGGGAUGCUGGCGAGGAUGACGACGAGCUCCUGGCCAUGGCGGCGGAGAGCCUGAACACGGAGGUGGUCAUGGAGACGGCCAACCGUGUGCUGCGCGACCACAGCCAGCGGCAGGAGCAGCACAUGCAGGAGGCUCUGGGACCUGAGCAGAAGCCCAAGCCUGCGGCAGAGCCUCCUCCGGUCCCAGGCAGUGACCUCCGGCUGGUGAAGUCUGUCAGUGAGAGCCACACGUCCCGUCCCGCAGAAAGUGCCAGCAACACAGCCCCUCUGCAGAGGUCCCAGUCUCUCCCACACUCAGUGACUGUGACACUGGGUGGGGUGUCCGACCCAGGCACCCCCAGCAGCUCAGCGUUGAGUGAAAGAGAGGCCUCCCGACUCGACAAAUUCCAGCAGCUCCUUGCCGGCCCUCACACAGACCUGGAGGAAUUACGCAGGUUGAGCUGGUCCGGGAUCCCCAAGCCGGUCCGUCCGAUCACGUGGAAGCUGCUCUCAGGUUACCUUCCUGCCAAUGCAGACCGAAGACCAUCCACUCUCCAAAGAAAACAAAAAGAAUAUUUUGCUUUUAUCGAGCAUUACUACGAUUCCAGGAAUGAUGAUGUCCACCGGGACACAUACAGACAGAUCCACAUAGACAUCCCUCGAAUGAGUCCAGAAGCAUUAAUACUUCAGCCCAAGGUGACAGAGAUUUUUGAAAGGAUAUUGUUUAUAUGGGCGAUGCGUCACCCUGCCAGCGGAUACGUGCAGGGGAUAAAUGACCUUGUCACUCCUUUCUUUGUAGUCUUCAUUUGCGGAUACAUAGAGGAGGAAGGUGUGGAUGUGGCUGACGUCUCCCGCGUGCCCGCCGAGGUGCUGCGCGACGUGGAGGCCGACACGUACUGGUGCAUGAGCAAGCUGCUGGACGGCAUCCAGGUGAGCCCGGGGCUGGCCUCGCGGCACGCAGCCUGCUACCUUCUGAGGCCUGCGUUUCUCUGGGCCCUGAGGGGUAGGGCUGGCCUCUGCACGGUGGACACAGCCUCCUUGGCCCGCUGCCUGGACUCUGGGCGGCACGAGCGCCACACGUGGGCUGUUGUCAGGCUCCUGGUGCUCCUGGUGGCCCUGAAGCGCUGCUGCUGCCUGGCCAUGGGGCGCUGCCUCACCAUGAGGGCCCCUGGGAACCGGAUGACGGGCAGCUGCCGGGCCUCCGAGGAUGUUGCUCACAGCCUUGGGGUCUGUGUGUUUCCUGUAGAACAAGUCCAUCGGCACCUGGAGCAGCAUGAGGUGCGAUAUCUGCAGUUCGCCUUCCGCUGGAUGAACAACCUGCUGAUGAGGGAGCUGCCCCUGCGCUGCACCAUCCGCCUGUGGGACACCUACCAGUCAGAACCGGAGGGCUUCUCCCACUUCCACCUGUACGUGUGUGCUGCCUUCCUCGUGAGGUGGCGGAAGGAGAUUCUAGAAGAAAGAGACUUUCAAGAGCUGCUGCUCUUCCUCCAGAACCUGCCCACAGCCCACUGGGGCAACGAGGACGUCAGCCUGCUGCUGGCUGAGGCCUACCGCCUGAAGUUCGCCUUCGCGGAUGCCCCCAAUCACUACAAGAAAUGAGCCUGGGGCCACCCCAGCAGGCCUCACCCUGCCCUGGGCAGUGCCCCCACCGGGCUGGCUGCAGGCCCUCGCCUUGGACAGGCCCUGCCAGAGCAGCCCUGUCCAUGGAGCCUGCCAGGACUGGGCGCCUGGGGCCGGGGCCUGCUGAGCGGGCUGCCCCUGCUGAGAUACCAAAGAGAAAGGGGUGUCCAGGCCAUGUGGGGGGCCAGUGAUGGGUCCGGUGUCUCCCUUCCCCCACCCCUGGAGUGUCCUUGCCAAAUAACCACCUCCUGGAGCCGCCAACCCAGGGCAGCCCGAGAGGCCUGCUGUUUGGUGCCAGGGCAGAGGGAGGUGGUGGCCAUCUCAUACCUGGUUUGAAAUACAAAACUUCUGUUCUGUUGAGCGCAAGAGAAUAAAUGUAGACAAAGUACAUGAGACA